UCCUGUUUGUUGCCCCAUGUCAGCUGCUCUUUGGGAGGGGUCCGAGCUAGCUAAAAUGCCUGGCAACUGUAACCAAGGGGCAGGGAUAGCUGGGCUUGGUCAUUGGUCUGUGCAAGUGAUUUGAGGCACAGUGGCUGAGGGUAGAGGGAGGAGGGGAUGAGGAAAAGGGAGAGAGAGAGAGAGGGAGAAGGGAGGGGUAAUAAAGAGAGGAGAGGGAAAAAUGAGGGCAGGGAGCUGUUGGAGUCAUGAGAGCGGGAUAAAAACCUUUGAUUAGUUUUGAAUAGGAAUCAUCUUGGAUGUGCAUCUCGAGGAGGCUAAUGAGAGAAUGGGGGAGGGGAGAGAGACAAAGACAAAGAGAGGAAAAGGAAGAGAGAGACAGGGAAAAAGAAAAGCAGUUUGAGGAGUUGGAGAGGAAGAGGACCUCAGGUGCAGCCCAAACAGGAGGACAGGGAAACUAUGUGAGAGAGCAAGCGAGUGAGCGAGCGAUGAGAGAGGGAGGGAGAGAGAAAAGCUGGCAGUGAGGGAGGGAGUGUGUGAAACAGACCGAGCGUGAGAGUGAGCGAGCAAGAGAGAGAGAGUGAACGGGGAGAGGCAAGUGGAAGCCACUCGCAGCAUCUCUUUCCCACUGCGCCAGCGGUAUAGUGGUACAGCGCUGCUACUUGCUGUAACAGCGCUGCUAGUUACCACCGCUUUACCGGUCACCUACACUCAUCUUUCUGUUCCAGCUUUAUUUUCUUUAUUUCCUAUUUCUUGGAUUUUUUAAUUCUUUUGGAUAUACAGCAUCAAGCAGGGGACUGGUGUCAGGCUGAGGAAGCUCGCAGGGUGCUGGGACAGCUGGCUAAAGAAAAAGAUUGUGGCAGCAGCGGCUUCCGGAUUCUUCUCAUGUAUUUAUCUCCAGCUGAUUUUUUGCUGUCUGUUGCCGCUGUGCGCUGCUUAGCAGAGGAGACCUUUUGACAGAACAAAAGAAGGAAAAUCAAAGAGAGACUGCCGCAUGGACUUUAGCAACACUGACACCUGAGCCGAACCAGGCAUAUCAGCACUGACAGGUACUGAUAAGAGGAUGUACCGAGGGUUUGAUGUGACUUUUUGAAGAAGAACCACCUGGGGGAAAUCCUCUGCACAAGUUGAUAUGGAAUGAGGGAAGGAAGGAUGCACAUAUUAUGACUUGUCUCUUGUUCAGAAUACCUGAGAAGGCAGUUUCAGCUAGGGAGCAAGGACCCUUUGGAAACACUGGCCUUAUCUCAAACGUAACAUGAUGUUUUUUCUUGUUGUUUCAUGGAAGUUAUGUUCAUGACAAGUAUACUGAUUUGGAGUAAUUGGACCGGACCGAAGGUGAACACACAUAACAAGGUCCUCACGUUUUGAUUAUUUCAGUUUUGCCCUCCCCAGAUGACUGUCCCAGAACGGUCUGCAGAAACAAGAGCUCUGACAGAAACUCCCACAGCGUGCUCUGUGUUUAUCUACAGCGUGUCUGUGUUUGGAUUUUGGACAAUAGAACUCCAACGGGGGGGUCCAGACAGCGGCUGUUAGGUCCACGCUCCAAAAGCCACAUUUAGAAACAUAGAGAAUGUGUUUAUGUCCAAUUCAAGUAUGUGCUAAAACCAGUGAAACAUUCAUAGCUGCUCUGAAUUUCUGGGAUUUUAUUCUAGUUGACUCUACUGUACCCCUUGCAGUGAAUUUGCAAUUUUUUUUGUUUCCCCAUAGAUGUCCUUUUUUAUUUAUCGGAAACUGAGAACUCCUAUACGCUAGGGUAUUACCAGAUGCUGACAGAAGUGCCUAGGAAAGUGCUGUGCUGCUUCUUGUCAUGACUUGUUCUCAAAUCCUUUGCAUUUUGCCCUUGUAAGGACAGUCAAGGAAAUUGGUAGGCACUGAUGUUGCAGUUUGCUGUCAAGGGGAGCUCUCAGAGCCCUGGUAAACCAUGCCAACUGAAAGGCUGUCGACAUCAUCAUGCUGCUCUUUCAUGAUUCACACUGUUUCCAGAACCUGUUGUCUUUUUUUUGUGAAAGAACUUCUGUCUGGCAAAUAUUGGCCAUUUUUAAAGCAUGACUGAUAAGGAAAGAGAAGUGGACAUCCCUUUUUCCUUUUCUUUGAUUGAUAACAUUGAUUUUUGCCUGUGCGCACAGAGAUCAAGCUGUGUGAGAAGCAGAGGAGAGAUGUAAACUGAAAGUAGUCCGAGUUGUGUUUGAUCAAGGAGAUUACUUUUAAGGAGCAGAUGGAAUUUCACUUACAGGACAUCUGCACUGAGCCUUGAGUAGAACAACAGACUUUAACCUAGCUGGACAGGUGCAGGACAAUGAACCGGUCAGGACUGAUCGAGCCAGUCCCUACUGGAAACAGCAGUUUUGGCAAUACCUUCAGUGUGUCUCUGAACCACUCAUGUCCUCUGGGUUGGGCGCAAAACCAGGGCAUUGAGGCUUGUGUCUUGGAGACCGCUGUCAUUGUUCUGUUGACUGUGCUCAUCAUUGCUGGAAAUUUGACUGUCAUCUUUGUGUUCCAUUGUGCCCCCUUGCUGCACCACUACACCACCAGCUACUUCAUUCAGACCAUGGCCUACGCUGACCUGCUGGUAGGACUAAGCUGCCUGGUGCCCACGCUUUCCCUGCUACACUACCCAGCUGGUGUCCAAGAGCCUCUCACCUGCCAGGUGUUCAGCUAUGUCAUCUCUGUGCUCAAGAGUGUUUCGAUGGCUUGUCUGGCCUGUAUAAGUGUGGAUCGCUAUCUGGCCAUUACCAAGCCCCUGUCUUACAACCAACUGGUGACACCAUGUCGUUUGCGCUGCUGCAUCAUCCUGAUUUGGAUCUACUCUUGUGUUGUGUUCCUCCCGUCUUUCUUUGGCUGGGGGAAACCUGGGUACCAUGGAGACAUCUUCGAAUGGUGCGCCAAUUCCUGGCCAACCUCUGCCCUCUUUACCGGCUUUGUGGUGUGCCUCCUGUAUGCUCCAGCAGCCCUUGUGGUCUGCUUCACCUACUUUCAUAUCUUUCGCAUCUGCCAGCAGCAUAAUCGAGAGAUUAGCGAGCGGAGAGCACGCUUUCCCAGCCAAGAGAUGGAGGCCAGUGAAGGAGGACACCAAACAGGCCAUGGGCCGGACAGGCGCUAUGCCAUGGUACUCUUCCGUAUCACCAGCGUCUUCUACAUGCUCUGGCUCCCCUACAUCAUCUACUUUCUCCUGGAGAGCUCCCACGUUCUGGACAGCCCUGCACUGUCCUUUGUCACCACCUGGUUAGCGAUCAGCAAUAGCUUCUGCAACUGCGUCAUCUACAGCCUGUCCAACAGCGUGUUCCGGCUAGGCAUGCGUAGGCUCUCACAAACGCUCUGUUCCUCUUGCUCUUUCAGCCCUUGUGCUCAUGAUGACAUGGACUUCAGGGAGCCAAAGCCUAGGAAGAGAGCCAACUCAUGUUCAAUCUGAGGACCGGUUUUUGUGUCGAUCUUAAGCUGCUAAACACUUAUAGCGAGGGGACUAUCCCAGAAGGAGAAUGGAUUUCAUAAAGUUAUUGAGAUGGGUUAUUUCGAUCAUAAUUUAUGACUGUUCGUUAAAAGGGUCACCUUACUGCAUUUCUCUGAAUUGUAUGAGAACCCUCCUCUUGCUUACAAGCUGGUGGAUGAUGGUUUCUGAUAUACGUUGACGACAUUCCCUGUAA